AUGGCAGCGGAUAUAGUUCUUCGCCCUUGCCAUGUCAUGGUGAACUGGCAGUCGACUGUUUCCGAUUAUCUCAGCUCAAUAUCGGACUCCAUGCUACGCACUGAAGAGCUGGGUGAAUUUUGCGACAAUGUCAAAAAAGCCGGCGAUGGCUGUGGUGGUCCAUGCAAAUUACAAGAACUUGAGUUCGGGACGACUUUUGUAGUACUAGACGGAUCCAUGAACUCAACCAUUGGCGAAGAACACCAAACCUUAUGGAACCGCGACGAAUUUGUUGUGGAGUGUGUUCGAUCAGGGGGGCAAAGGAUCACACUUCGCUGCCAUGCGAAUCGGUGCCAAGAUGAUGUUAUUUCACUAGACCGUGUCGCCUUGCAAUUUGAGCACAUAGCACGUCAACUCUGUGCUUCCGGGCAGAAGGAUGAGAUGCCUUUAUUCUCACAACAAAAACUGUCCGACUUGGGCCUGGUGUGCUUCCAGGACAAGUCUCAGAUCUGGAAAUGGAACGCGUCAGUAUCCCGGACCAUAGACUGUCUUGUGCAAGACAUGUUUCUUGAAAUUGUCAAAGUGCAUCCGCAUCGUAUCGCAGUUGACGCAUGGGACGGAGCUCUUAGUUACUCGCAACUAGAUGAAAAAUCUUCAGCCCUGGGGCUCCUACUUUCGACAAGGAAUAUUGCCGUUGCCGGGCAGGUCGUUCCUUUGUACUUUGAGAAGACCGUAUGGACGACAAUCACAAUCUUGGCAGUGGCCAAGGCUGGCUCCAUCUUUGUCUUGCUCGAUCCACAGCAGCCCACAGAGAGGAUCAAGAGCAUCAUAGACCAAUUGGGAGUCUCAUGCAUUCUGGCCCGGCCGGAGACUCUUGCAAGGGCUCAGUCGCUGGCGGCAAGGGUUGUUGUGGUAGACGACGCUCUACUACGCGGCCAUGUCUGCUCGAAAGCGUUGUCCCCUCCAAGCGUCAUCGCGAAUGUGAACCCAGCACAAACAUUAUAUAUUGUCUUCACGUCCGGGAGUACCGGACAACCUAAGGGCGUACAAAUCUCCCAUAGGAACCUUUGCUCUGCGGUAACGUACCAAGCUAGAGAACUCGGUUUUACCGAUGCACGUACUCUGGACUCAUCGUCGUAUAGCUUCGACGCAUAUGUUUUCAACACUUUUUACACCUUGCUUUCCGCUGGCUGUCUCUGCGUGUGCACCGAUGUAGACCGAAUGAACCGCCUCCAAUCUGUUUUGCAAGAUCAGCGAAUCACUUUGGUGCAACUUACACCAUCCUUGGCCCAAGUGCUGGACCCUGCCAGCCUUCCCCAUCUCCAAACGCUCAUUCUGACAGGCGAGAAGCUGGGUCAAACCGUCCUCGGGGCCUGGAUUUGUUCUGCAAGAACACGUCUGAUAAACGCGUAUGGGCCGACAGAAUGCACCAUCAUGUGUGCCGCCAAUCUGAAUGUGGAUGGCAUCGAAAAUUUGGAUAGCAUUGGACAAGGAAUCGGUGCGACUCUCUGGAUCGCAGAUGUCAACAACAUCAACAGAUUGGCACCCAUUGGUGCAAUUGGUGAGCUUGUAAUCGAAGGACCACUCAUUGGCCUAGGAUACCUCGGUGACGAAAACAAUAGCUAUGGAUCUCUCAUCGAUCCUCCAGACACUGGCUAUCUGGCUGGAGUAACCCGGGCACCCCAGGCUAAGCUAUUCCGCACCGGAGAUCUGGCACGGUAUAACGGGAAUGGAACAAUAUCUUACAUCGGAAGAUCUGACACUCAAAUCAAGAUCAAUGGACAGAGAGUCGAAGUUAGUGAGAUCGAGCACUGGCUCGGACAAUACUGGCCUCACGAUUCGUCUCCUGUGGUUGAAGCCAUCCACUGGCCAUCUGGCGUCAAGCAGCUCGUUGCCUUCGUGGUACAAAACGGGGAACAGUUUGCUGCGAGACAGCGACUCCGAGACCUAAUAACCCAGGGAAACUCUGCUCUUGCUUCUCAUCUUCCCAGGUACAUGAUUCCUUCGGCGUACUUUCCUCUUCAGCAUAUUCCAAUGACCGCUUCUGGGAAAAAGAAUCGCAGGGCCUUGAGAAACCUUGCCCUCGGAGCUCCUGAUGAGCUCCUGGAAGCUGUUACUGGAAAGCAAGUAGAGGAUAGUAUGGGCGCUGUUCGCGAGAUGUCAGAUCAUGAGCUGAGACUCCGACAAGUAUGGGCCGCUGCCCUCCAUGCCGAUGAAUCCUCAGUCCAACUCCACGACAAUUUUUUUGCAAAGGGUGACUCUUUGGCUGCUGUGAAACUCAUAUCAUUAGCCCAUAAGCAAGGAAUGAUGGAUUUGACUGUAGCAGAUGUUUUCCGUCAUCCGAAACUUGUCGACCUCGCUGCACAGGCUGGCACAAAAGCUGAACAGCCGCAAGCACAGCUGCUUGACCUCAACCCUUUCUCCAUGUUGGCCGGUACUUCAAACGAAGUUGAGAUAUUGCGAGCGGAAAUCUCAAAAAUGACCGGAUGCGGAGCGAGUCAAAUCCAAGAUGCAUAUCUUUGCUCUCCCAUACAAGAAGAAAUGAUGGCUCUUGCGGCAAUGCGACCAAGGGACUUUAUCACCCACGAGGUCCUGCGUCUGCCGGAUAACAUAGUGCUUUCCAGACUACUCGAUGCCUUGCAACAAGUUGCCGUCCAGUUACCUAUACUUCGUACUCGUAUCCUCGACGUUGGCUUUGGAGGCGAACAUGGCCCUUCUACCCUCGUUCAGGACGUCAUUGAUGAGCCGGUUCCACUUUCGUGGUACAUGACUUUGGAAGCAUGUUUAGUGUCUGAGAAAAAUAAAGCCAUGGAGCUUGGCGAUGCUCUCUUCCGGCUCGGCGUGGUCAAGCCCGACUUGCCGGGGUCUACAGCAAAAAAAGAACACUGUGUUGUCCUUGUAAUGCAUCAUGCAAUUUACGAUGGCUGGUUUCUGAAUCUACUAAUGCAAGGCAUGAAAAAGUCAUAUGAAGGUGACUAUGACGCCCCGUUGUUACCUUACCGCAACUUUAUUCAGUAUCUCAUAUCCAAUGAACACAAAAAAUCCGCCGACUUUUGGCUCAGUCAACUAAACAACACCAGGAUCAAGCCAUUCCCUGUCUAUCCCAGUCUGGAGUACAAGCCGUCACCGGGGGCUUUGUGUGAUCACUGUAUUCCUCUUAUACCGUGGAAUAAGGCGAGCAAUGUUACCCCAAGCACAUUCAUACAAGCGGCAUGGUCCAUUCUCCUCGCGUCGUACUCCGGGUCAUCAUCCGUCGUGUUUGGAACCACUGUAUUAGGGAGACAAAUCCCUUUGACUGGAGUCGAGAGAAUUGGUGGCCCAACCAUAGCAGCCGUACCAAUAUGCAUUCAGGUCAAAAAUUCAAUGAAAGUGGUGGAAUUUCUCCAGACCAUACAAAUGCAAAUGGUUGAAAUGAUUGAUUUCUCCCAUUUUGGUAUCAGGAACAUGAAAAGAUUGAGUCAUAAGGCUCGAAUGGCAACUGACUUCAGAACCUUCCUUGUAGUUCAGCCUCCAGUGGAGGAUACUGAUAGAAGUUUUCUGAGCCUUUCUAGUGGCAGUGAAGAUAUUACGGCCUUUAAUACGUAUGCGCUAAUGCUUGAAUGCUCGCUCGGUAAGGAUUGCGGUGUUCGCAUGAGGGCAAGCUUCGACCAAAAUAUUUUGAGCGGUGAACAGGUGCGCUCGAUGAUGAAACAACUAGAGGGAGUUUUAGGCAUUCUUAUUAUAGACUGCCACUCGUACGUUAGCGAUGCCAUGGCUAUUGCAAUGUCCGGGAGUCAUAGUGCAGUGUUGGAACAGCCAAACACCAGUGCGCAAAUGGAAGAGAUCGAGAAUUCCAUCAGAGGCAGCCUGCCUCCUGAGAUCUCAGAUGUGGCUGUUACUAAAAUCGAUUUGCCUUUGAGCCCUAAUCCAGUUGUUGCUUUCUUUGAGGCACAUACAGGAGGCAAGGGAGUGCUCGAGAGGAUCUCUGCUGUAUACUGCGACCAGGCACGACAUCUGCCUCGUUAUAAUAUUCCUAACCAUUAUCUGACGCUAGAACAGCUCCCAAGGUCUUCAAAUGGACAACUGGAUCGAAUCUCUUUAAAGAAAUGGGCGGAGAAAUUUGAUCUACAUCAAUUCAGGACCUUCUCAUGGGUACCUCCAGUGCCGUGCCAGCUGGAAGGACAGGUUGAGGGUGAGAUGACGGAUGCAGAAGCAGUCUUCCGACGCCUUUGGGCCGAUUCACUCAAUAUUCCCAUGACUUCAGUGCAUAGGAAUAGCUCAUUCAUUUUUCUUGGGGGAGAUUCUCUUGCUGCAAUGAAGUUGGUUGCAGCUGCAAGGAAGUCAGGAUAUUCCACAUCAGUUGCGCAAAUUCUUGAAAAGCCUGCUUUGGCGGACAUGGCAGCCUCUGCGAAUCUCAACGUGGACAUUUCAGCGGAAAACCAAACACCAAAACCCUUUUCACUCCUCAAACCGUCUCCAGACCCGGCGGGCUUAGCACUGAUGUGCAAUGUCGAUCGUACGGAUAUUGAGGACGCAUACCCAUGUUCUCCUCUGCAAGAGAGCAUGAUGACUCGUACGAUACAGCGUGGUGGGGACUACGUCUCCCAAGGUCUAGUCCAAUUGUCUAAAUCAGUGGACAUCGGCCGUCUUCAGCGAGCAUGGCACCAGGUUGCGACUCUCAACCCCAUACUGCGAACUCGUAUAAUCGACUGGCCGGGGUCCGGUCUUCUGCAGGUGGAAGUCAACAAAGCAAUAGAUUGGUUAAGUUGUGAUACAAUUGACGACGUUCCAGAGAAUUCUAUGGGGCUGGGGCGGCCACUCAUCCGGCUAUGUAUCAUCAAAUCGAUGGGUGAGAGACGGUGUUUAGGCCCUGGCCUCCUGCUCACAGCUCAUCAUGCAAUAUACGACAGAUGGAGUAUGUCACUCAUUCUGAGGGCUGUUGAAUCCAUCUACUUGACUGGAACAUUUCAGGGAAAAUUGAGUCCGUAUAAUGAAUUUAUACGAUACUUGGUGGAGGAUUUUGAUCAUGAUUUUGCCAAAAGUUUUUGGACCGAGUACUUGUCUGGUCUCAGUGCCCGUCAGUUUCCAGUUCUGCCCAGUCAGGGUUAUCAACCUACAACGGAUGCAUACCAUAAUCACUCUAUCAGCAGUGUACCAUGGCCAGUGAACAACACUCCAACGACUGUUUUGAAGGCUUCGUGGGCGCUGGUCGUAUCUCUGUACACAAAUUGCGAUGAUGUGUUAUUUGGCAUGACAGUGAUGGGCCGGCAGGGACCGGUGCCUAAUUCUGAGACGAUUGCCGGGCCUACCAUUGCCACAAUCCCUAUUCGGGUUCGUAUAAACUGGCCUGACAGCCCAAGAGCUUUACUGCAGGACAUUCAAUCACACGCUGCGAUGAUGAUACCCGCAGAGCAAUAUGGCCUUGGCCGUAUCCGCCGCCUUAAUGGUGACACAAAAGUGGCAACACAGUUUCAGUCACUGGUGAUAGUCCACCCAUCCGGCUACGCGGUCUUAGAUGACCAGAUGAUUGGAUUGCAACUUGGCGAAGAUAUCGAACAGGGAGACAGCACUGCCAUCACAAUCGAGUUCGCAGUAGAUAAUGAACCUCGGUCCAAUCAGGCGGGAGUGGCACUCAAGAUGACUUACGACUCAAAGAUCCUAGAACUGGCACAAGUGCAGCGUAUAGCAUGCCUGACCGAGCAUGUUCUGAGACAACUAUGUGAGCACAGCGGCACAGACAAGAUGACUCUAGCAAAGAUAGACAUGUUGACCCGGCAAGAUCGUGAGACACUCUGGCAAUCGAAUCUGAGCGUGCCCCCCACAUGCAACAACCAUCUGGGCAAUAUGCUGGUUGAUUGUAUAUCAAACCAGGGACUCACGGCGGCUGUGUGUGCAUGGGACGGCGAACUCUCGAACAAGGAUCUUUCUAAGAAAGCACGACGACUGGCUUAUACUCUGGUAGUUUGUCACGGUGUUAGUCCUGGCAUUGUGGUUGCCAUAUGCUCGGUCAAAUCUGUCUGGACUCCAGUGGCCAUGCUUGCUGUUCUUAUUUCCGGGGGCACUGCGAUGAUGAUAGAUCCGUCACAAGAGGCGGGACGCCUCAAGAUAAUCACUAAGCAGGCUGGAGCGUGUUUAAUAUUGACAACGACCGGCACCGGGACGGUGGCGGAACAAAUUGCCAGUCAUAUCGUGGUUAUUGAUAAUGACUUAUCAUACCCAUCGUCAGCGUGGAAGCUCAGAAAUGAUGACGAUUCUUGGAUUCCCCCAUCAAGCCCCACAGAUUCAGCUUACAUUAUCUUCACAUCCGGUAGCACAGGAGUUCCUAAAGCGGCUGCUAUAUCCCAUAAGAAUUGUUGCAGUGCAAUUAUUCACCAGAACAAGGCAUUGGGCUUCAAAGGGGCUGCUCGUGUACUUGAUUUGUCUUCUUAUGCUUUUGACGUCUGUUGGGAACAUUUCUUUCAAACAAUAUACGCUGGUGGUUGCAUCUGCAUACCGACAGACCAUGACUGUGUUGACGAUAUUGCUACAGCAAUCACCCGUCUCGGCGCGAAUUUCCUUCAGAUGACACCAUCUCUAGCCCGGACACUGGAACCAUCUUCAAUAUCCGGCAUUGAAAUCGUCAUGCUUUCAGGAGAGGCCUGCAGUAUGCAUGACGUUACAAGAUGGGGACCAGCGGUCGAAGUUCGGAUUGCGUAUGGGCCCUGUGAAUGCACACCCACAACCAUGAUCGCCACAUAUGGAAAAGAUUUCCUCGAUAAAGUAAACCUGGGACUUCCUUACGGGGUCAAUGCUUGGAUCCUGAGCUCUGUUCAACCAGAUACUCUUGCCCCUGUUGGGGGGGAGGGAGAGCUUGUUGUUGAAGGUCCCCUUGUUGGUCAAGGAUACAUUAACUCGCCAAGGGAAAAUUCUGAGUCUUUUCUCUCUGAUCCAGAGUGGCUGCUGCGAGGAAGCGAUACUACCCCAAAUUCGGGGCGGAGAGGGCUACUAUACCGUACUGGUGAUCUCGUCAGGACCGAUUCUCGUGGACGACUUCACUUUUUGGGCAGGAAAGACUCUCAGAUCAAGAUUCGCGGGCAGCGUGUCGAGUUAGAAGAGGUUGAAACGCAUGUACGUGACCUUCUUGAUCCCGAUCUCCAGGUUGCGGUGGACGUGAUAGAAGACUAUCGAGGAACACCGGAGAUAAAAUCCCAGAGCCUUAUGUUGUUCAUCGCUGGUAAUAUUCACAAAAGCCUCACUAUCGGUAGAGAGGAGGCGGCUCCUCUGAUUCGAGGUCUCAUAAAAAGACUCAGUACCAUACUGCCAAGAUAUAUGAUACCAUCUGGGUUCAUUCUCUUAGAGCAAAUACCUUUUACGAGAUCGGGCAAAAUUGAUCGCAGGGUACUGCGACAAAUAGGAUGCCAGAAACAGGCAGAAAGCCUGCGCAGCAAAGUCCCCGGCGCCGAGCCAAGCACGGAUAUAGAGCGCAAGAUGGCGCAUUCGUGGGCUCAAGCUUUGGGUAUCUCACCGCAGGCAAUCAGCCGGCAGGAUAGCUUUUUCGAACUGGGGGGAGACUCGCUGACAGCCAUACAUCUGGUUGGAAUAGCUCGCAACUUUCAGUUGACUCUAUCAGUCGUGAUGAUCUUUCAGAACCCCAACCUCGAAGACAUGGCCAAGAGGGCGGAGAUGGACAAGGUCUCAAACGAAGCCUCAUCAAACGGCGACCUCGUCGAUAUGAAGCAUGAACCACGGUUUGAUGGAGGUCCUUGGCUACCCAAACCCUCUGAGGUCUCUAAAAUGCUGCAUGCGGAUGCGCAGCACAUCGGAGACAUCUUGCCCGUGACCGACUUCCAAGCGUAUGCUAUCAGAUGCAACCUCGCCAUGCCACGAACCGAAUGGAACUAUUUUGCUCUAAAAUUUCAGGACUUGGAGGACCCGGAGCCGGUAAAUGAAGAUCAAAUCCGUCGAAUAUGCCAUGCACUGGUCGAGCGAAUAGACAUCUUUCGAACUAUUUUUCUGCGGCAUCAAGGUGGCUAUUUCCAAAUGCUUCUUGAUCGUGUUGAACCGCAUGUGAGCGUCAGUCGGGUGACGGGUUCGCUAGAUGCAGCUUGCAAAACCAUAUGCCAACAAGAUCUCACUGAGCGUCUUAACCCAGCAUUGCCCUUUAUCAAAUUCUUCAUAGUCCGGCGCCAGGACGCAGCGGAAGCUUGUCUCGUCAUUGGCUUAUCACAUGCCUGCUACGAUGGCAUAAGUUUGCCAUACUUGGCAGAGUGUAUUGGAGCUCUUCACGACAGGCGCCCUUUGCCUCAGAUGAGCUCCUUCUUCAGCUACCUCAAAGAUACCAUGUCGCAAGCCAAGACUACAUGUGGUCUCACUUUCUGGAGAUCAGUCUUGAAAGGAAGUCCGCCACCGACCAGUCUCUCCCCGAAUGGCGCUGAUGUCCUUGCCACUAACACCGACCGCUGCCGCCUCGAGCAUCAAGUGGUAGCUCGCUGCUUCCCCAAGAAGGUGACAGCUGCGACUUUUUUCAUCGGAGCGUUGGCCGUCUCGAUGGCUUCCGUGAGCGGUCAAGAUGAGAUCAUUCUUGGCCGCGGAGUCUCGGGACGUGCACUAGCUGUUGAAAGAAAUCACUACAGAGUAAUUGGGCCAUGUCUAAACAUUAUUCCCGCACGAAUUAAUUGCCAGAAUCCUGAAAAGAUUAUCGACAUGCUUAUGGCGAUUCAAGAGCAGUUCAUCGCCGCCGUUCCCCACGAGACCCUUGGCUUGUCGGACAUCGUUAGGCACUGCACAGACUGGGCGCCUGAAACCCAGUACGGCUGUGUCUUUUACUAUCAGAGCGCUGCGGAGCCAGUCACUCGGAUUGCAGGCCACGACGAAUACCUGACGCCGUUGCAGCUGGUCAGAGCCGACCCUCCUGAACCGUUGCGUGUCGACGUGACGCCGCGCGGAGGGGACGACUACCUCCUGGAGAUUUCCACACCCUCAUUGGGAAACAGAGUGAAUGAAUCUCGUGCAUUGCUGGAUUGUAUGGUGCAUUGGGUGUCUGAGUGGGAGAGGACAAGGCCAGUUGACAGAAUGGAGAGGCGAGACCGUUGA